AUGUCUCCUGCUAUUCUAAUGGAAGGAGUAGAAUAUACUGGAGCCAUGGUGGCUUUACAGAAGGAGAGAAAAAGAAAUUGGGAUAUAGAAAACCCAUCCUUUCCAGGAGGGAGUCCACUGAAGUUCAGAAGAGCAGGUCUCAGGACAGUGGGGGCAGUUGCUUCCCUCUCUGAAGCAUGGCUCAGAUGUGGAGAAGGAUUUCAGGACACUUCUGAGACUCUGUCAUUAACAGCUGAAAAGAAGAUUGUUACAGAAAAGCACCUCGAAUUAUCCCCUCAACCCAAGAAAGAUGAACUACAGUUUAUUGACUGGGAGAUUGAUAGUGACAGGGAAGAUACUAGUGAGUAUAAUGAAUUUGAAGAUGGUGAGAGUGUUGUGGAAAUAUCAGACUGUGCUUCUUGUUCAAGCAAUCAUUCUGUGACUAGUGAAGAGAGGCUCUCUGAGCUUCCGAAGGCAAGUUCUACAGAAAUUUUGGAAUAUUCAUCAGAUAGUGAAAAGGAAGAUGACCCAGAGAAUGUCUUGUUCAUUGAUUCUGAAUCCUCUCCCAAAUACCACAUGGAUUUUGGAUCUGAUGAUAGACAGAUGGAGAGACUGAUGAAGCCGAGGGUGAAAACUGCAGAGACCAUUUUGUACACACCCCAAAAACAGACGUUUCCCAGGAUUCCAGACACAUCAGCAAACAAGAAGAAGCUUCUAAGAGGCGGGCUAGCAGAAAGACUAAAUGGCCUGCAGAAUCGAGAGAGAUCUGCCAUUUCUUUGUGGAGACAUCAAUGUGUUUCUUACCAAAAGACACUUUCAGGUAGAAAAUCGGGUGUAUUAAUUGUGAAAAUUCUAGAGCUGCAUGAGGAAUGCACCAUCCAAGUUGCCAUGUGUGAGCAUUUAGCAGGGCUGCAGGCCAACAGCCCUUCUCAAGGUGAGGCCCCUAGGACUGGCCUGAAGGUUCUGUUCACUAAGGAGACUGCUCACCACCUCAGGGGACAUCCCCAAGACAUUGUCCAUAUCUACCCUCCCUGGCAAAAGCUUAUUAUACCAAAUGGAAGUUGCCCUGUUAUUCUGAAUACUUAUUUUUGUGAGAAAGUUGUUGCCAAAGAAGAUUCAAAAAUAAUACAUGAAGCACACUGUUGGGACACACUCCUUCCAAGAAGAAGUAUCACUUUGGCUCAGAUGUUUAGAUUUAGGAAUCUAACAUAUAAAUCACCUGAAAGCCAGGUUAUGUGUAGUAGUCUCACUACAAUGUGGACAGACUGCACCCACGGACAUGAGGAAGCCAAACAGCGCUUCCCAGCCCAAGCUCUCCUGAGGGAUUCUCUCCUGGAUGCAGUGGAAAGCCAGGGAGCUGCCACAUGGUCAGGAGUUGGGGUCCGAGUAGUGGUACAGAGAGUUUACUAUCUUCCCUGCAGAUAUCAGCAGGGAGGUGGUUCAGCUGCUCCACCUGGAUCAGACCCACCUAGAGUUCGAGUCUGCCUUCUCGUGCAAGAUGCCUAUGGGAUGUUCAGUGAAGUGCACUCUGAGAGCACCAUCUUGAAGGACCAACAGUUGGAAGGAAAGUCCUGCAGCCUGAUGGGAAUGAAGGUUCUACAGAAGGCUACCAGAGGAAGGACAGCAGGGCUUUUCAGUUUGAUCGAUACCAUGUGGCCUCCAGUGAUGCCUCUGAAAGCACCCGGCCAUGGCCGAGCCUGUGAAGAGGUAAAAAUUCAUGUGCCUCCUCCUAGCUUCUGUUACAUCCUCACUGCUCAUCCAAAUGUGGGACAAAUUGAAAUAAUUGAAGAAGACCCCAUUUCUAAGCUUUACCAGCCUCCAGUUCCCUGCUUAUUAAGAGAAAUUGUCCAGACUAAUGAUCUUAGUACCCGUUGCAGUUUCUAUGCCAGAGUGAUUUAUCAAAGACCACAGGUAAACAGUUUGCUUCCUCUGCAGCAAAGGGAGAUUUGGCUGAUGGUGACUGAUGUCACCCUGCAGAUGCAAGAUGAGAAUAACUCUGGCCUCCCCAAAACCAUGCCAGUCUGUGUGGCCCCCUCAUGUGUGUUGAGCCAGGAAGUCCUGAAAGCGCUCACCGAGGCUGUCUCUCACAGCUUUCUCUUCAGGGACACUCUCCGAGCCCAGGGUCGGAUUGUUUGUGUUGAACGAAGUGUCCUCUUGCUUCAAAAGCCCCUUUUGGGUGCGGACUCCGGUGCUUGCUCCUGUGAGCUGACUGGCCCUGUGAAGCUCAAUGAACUGGAUUCUGUCACUCAGGUCAACUCCAUUUGCAGCGUUCAAGGCACUGUGGUUGGUGUGGACGAGAGCACUGCUUUCUCCUGGCCCACUUGCGACCUGUGUGGCAACGAGAGAUUGGAACAGAGCCCAGGAGACAGAGGCACCUUUUCCUGUGGGGACUGCUCCCGUGUGGUCACCUCUCCUCUCCUCAGAAGGCACCUGCAGGUGUUCCUGGACUGUCCGUCUCGACCCCAGUGCACAGUGAGGGUCAAGCUGUCCCAGGCCAGUAUUUCUUCACUCCUGAGUUUUGCCGCCUGCGAGGAUGGGAGUUAUGAAGUGAAGAGUGUCCUCGGAAAGGAGGUGGGGUUGUUGAAUUGUUUUGUCCAGUCCAUAACCACCCACCCAGCUAGCUGCGUUGGAUUGGAGGAAAUUGAGCUCCUGAGUGCAGGAAGAGCCUCUUCCGAACACGGCCGGUUGCCGUAG